AUCACCCUGCAAAAAAAAAUUAAAUUGAAAAAAUUCUUUUUUUUUUUCUAGAUUUAUAUGUGUACAUAAAUUUUACGUUUAGAAAAAAUAUUUAAUUUCCGAUAUUAGAAGCUAUUCAUAAAUUGUUAAGUAUAUUUAUAUCAUCCUCUCUAUUUUUUUUUCUAUUCUUAUCUACAUAUAAUUUUCGAUUACAUAUGUAUAAUAGAAAAGGAAAAAGCAUAUAAUUGAUAAUUAUAUAAAAGAUUAAUAACUUUCAUGAAAAUACAAAUGUUGAGUUAAUUACAAAAUGUUUAAAUUUGAUUUUAAUGUCAAAUCUGUAACACCCGAUUUCGAGAAUUAGAAAUUUAUUUUAAUCAAGCUGUUUAGUAAUUUUUUUUAAAUUCAUUUCUCUCUUUAUAAGAUCGCCACAUUCUCAGUUUCUCUGCAAAUAAAAUUAUCUCGUGUUCUCGUUACCGCAUGUUUAUACGUAAUCCAAUUCCAUUUUCCUCGCUUUUUCACGCUGUUUUCUUUUUCUUCCCACGUGUAAUUAUAUUUAUUUCACUCUGUACAUCCAUCUCCGAUUGUACACAAAAACCGCUCAAUAUAUAUAAUAGUAUAUAAUUGUAUAAUCUUUCCAUUCCAGCAUUAUCAUCUCGUCACGAGCGUUAUUAAAAUUUAAUAUAUACGAUGCUGAAACCGGAAGAUGAUUAAUCGUGGAUUUUUUUUGAACGAUGAGAAAAAGAUAAAAUAAACGCGAAGUCACACGUUAUUAUGUGUAGUUAAUUUUAUAUAAACAUGAGAUACAAGAAGUAAUUUGAAAAAAGUGUUAUACAAGGAAUAAGAAUUAAUGCUUACUUUGCACUACUGCGAAAAGUCUUUCUUCUUAUUUAAAAUUUAAACUUUUCUUAAUUUCUCCCCCUGACGAUUAAUUUACAACUGCCAUUUUAAUUUAUAUUUAUAUUUAUAUCAUUGAAAGUUGCAUGUGCUUCAUUUCAAGUACAAAAGAUGGCUAUGCCAUCGUCGUCCUGUACCCGUAUAUAACCUAAUAUUUGUGUUUUUUUGCCAAAUAAUGUAAUAUAAGUACAAUAUAUAUGUGUUUAAUCGUACAUAAAUUUAUGUAUAAUAUUGUGAUUUUUUUGUAAUAAUAUAAGAGAAAUAAAUUUUAUCGCGUUCAACGAAAAAUGCCACCAAAACCUUCAAUGAAUUAUAAGCGCAGCAGCAAAAAUAAGAAGAGUGUGGCACAAACAUGUAUUCCUCCUAAAGCAGUAGAUGCAAACAGCGCAAGUGGUUUGAACCCAGACGUGGAGGAUAAAUUUGAAUUGGAAUUAUGUUGGUGUAUACAACAGUUAGAAGCGAGUUUAACUAGCGGCAAAUUACAGGAGAAGCAGGCACAGGAUCUCAACAAACAGUUAAAUUCAUUAAAGAGUAACACUGCGUCAUUAAUAAAAAAGAGACAAAUAAUGAGAAAUGCAUUAGGAGACUAUAGAGAGAAGAUGGCUGAGGACGAACGAAAGCUUAGUAGAGCUGUGUCAGCUGUCAAGUUCACGAAUCCUGCCUCGACAAAUAAAAAAUCAAUGUUUGUCAGGAAAGCUAUUCAACAUGAUGUACAGGAAUUCAAAGAGCAAGCAAAUGAUCAUACGCAAGAUACAAAGCAAGCUAUCAUUGACAGUAAUAGAACUCAAAUUCCAUUUCAAUUUAAUUUUCAGACAUGUCAAUAAAAUCAACUUUUAUAUUAA